CGCACCGACCGCGACAACGCGCCUGCGGGCUCCUUCCGCAAAGUUUGCGGACGGGAGGAGGAGGGGAGCCGCGGCGGGACUGCAGCAGCCGGGCUGGAAAUGCCCCUGAGGAGCCUCCUGCCAACGGCGGGGCUGCGGCAGCGCCGCUGAAGCCCGCGCUGGCCGCCCGCCUGCCGGGGCGCCUCCUCCUCCGGGGAAGGAGGGGACCGAGCCGGCCCGCUCUGCGGCUGUGCCGCCUCCGCGCCCCUGCGGGGCUCGCCUCUUCCCAGGGUCCGGAUCCGGCUCCGGCUCGGGGGUUUUGCCCUUUCCGGCCACCGGGCCUGCGGAGUGCGGUCCUGCGCGCCCCGCUCCCGGCUCCGCGCCGGCGCCCGCCGCUGCCGCCCGCCCCCCCCCCCCCCCGCGCCGGCCGGGCAGGUCGGUGCCCGCUGCGGCGCCCGCUGCCCCCGCCGCCGGAGCCCGCCGCAGCCCCGCACGGCUGCAUGCCCGCCGCGGUCUCGGCACGUCUGGAUUCGCUGGAGUCCUGGGCCUUCCAUGCGCUGCUGGUGCUACCCUAUAUGUUUUACGUGGGUUUGUUCUUUGUCAACGUGCUGAUCCUGUACUAUGCCUUCCUGAUGGAGUACAUCGUUCUCAAUGUAGGCAUCGUCUUCCUGCCCGAGGAUAUGGACCAGGCUCUGGUGGAUCUGGGGGUGCUCUCCGACCCUGGCUCCGUGCUCUACGAGACGGACAGCGAGCUGGAUGUCUUUGAUGGGUACUUGGAGUGACGCGCCGGGGCGCUCCGAAGCGACUGCGGGGUGACGCCGCCCGGCCCGGGGCUGGGGCCGGCCGUGCCGGCACGGCCGUAGCUCGGGGACCGCCGCGGCCCCGGGAUGCCCGCGCUGCGCCUCGGCUCCUUCUGGACAGCACCUUCCCUUCCACAUGCCGCCCCCCCCCCCCCCCCGCCCGCCUCCCCCCGUUGCAGAGGCGCGGCGGGGCGGGGGGGCCCGGGACCCGCUGCCGCCGGGCAGGGCCGCGGAGACGCAGAGGGCUCGCAAGGGAAAUUCAUUAAACACCUGAAAUGGAUUAUGACCAGGUUAAUGGAUCAAGUCAUGGAAAGACACUAUACUCUGAAAUACAGAGAUGAAAAGAAGGACAAGGGGACAACAAGAAGAGUUGUCAUCACACCUUGUCAGUUGUGACUUUUCUCCAUGGUCAUUGCCUCUGGAGUGUGCACUAACUGCAGUGAUUCAUGCACCAUACUGGGCUUCCAUAGGUAAUUUGGGGAUGGACUGUAUGAACAAAUAGUAUAAACUAUGUUCUGUUAUAACAGAAAAUCAAGAUGUUACUCAGAUUUGAUAAACUUUUGAAUAAAUACCAUGUCACCCAUAUGGACACACUCUACAUACUGCUUAAGCAAGUUUUACAAUCACACAUUGAAAACUCUACCAGCCAGUAGUUCAAAGACAGUGCUCUCUCAGGGGAAAAUACACAGGAGUGACUGCAAGGAGGUUCUGUUCAGGGCAGUAUUACGGCAAGAACUGUGCUAGAAAGAUAUUUUAUUUAAAUCGUGAGUUUUGAAAUAGAUCAGAGAGUGAAUUUUAUAUAAGUCAGGUGGAUUCAUUAUCUAAUACAAGAUACUUUGCAGAUUGUUUAAGCUUAUGUUCCUAUGUACAGCUGUGAAAGCAAUACAAUAAAGACUGACCUUUUCCAUGAAAAAGUUAA